GCCUCUCUGACGUUUAGUCGUCUUCCUCGUCUCGCUUAUCCGCCUGAACCCUAAUUCUCAACACCUUUCCCAUCUCCAACCAUGGCGACUCCGAAUCUAGAGUGCCGGAUGUACGAGUCCAAGUACCCGGAAGUAGACAUGGCGGUGAUGAUCCAGGUCAAAAACAUCGCCGACAUGGGAGCCUACGUGUCGCUCCUCGAGUACAACAACAUCGAAGGCAUGAUCCUAUUCUCCGAGCUCUCCCGCCGUCGGAUCCGAAGUGUGAGCAGCUUGAUUAAGGUCGGGAGGAUCGAGCCCGUCAUGGUGCUGCGUGUGGACAAGGAGAAAGGGUACAUUGAUCUGAGCAAGCGUAGGGUUAGCGAGGAGGAUAUUCAGACUUGUGAAGAGAGGUAUAAUAAGAGCAAGCUUGUUCAUUCUAUCAUGCGCCAUGUUGCUGAGACGCUUUCUAUUGAUUUGGAGGAGUUGUAUGUGAACAUCGGUUGGCCUUUGUACCGUAAACAUGGUCAUGCUUUUGAGGCCUUCAAGGUCUUAGUAACUGAUCCUGAUUCUGUGUUGGAUUCCCUCACCCGUGAAAUCAAAGAAGUUGGGCCUGAUGGGCAGGAGGUGACUAAAGUUGUACCUGCUGUUACGGAAGAAGUGAAAGAUGCGCUUGUGAAGAACAUCAGGAGGAGAAUGACACCACAACCUAUGAAAAUCCGUGCUGAUAUCGAAUUGAAAUGUUUUCAGUUUGACGGAGUUGUUCACAUUAAGGAAGCCAUGAGAAAAGCUGAAGCUGCUGGAAACGAAGACUGUCCUGUUAAGAUUAAAUUGGUUGCUCCACCUCUCUAUGUCCUUACUACUCAGACUCUUGACAAGGAACAAGGGAUUGAAAUUCUAGAGAAGGCCAUAGCAGUUUGCACUGAGACAAUUGAGGAACACAAAGGCAAGCUCGUCAUUAAGGAGGCACCUAGAGCUGUGAGUGAAAGAGAUGAUAAGAUGCUGACAGAACACAUGGCUAAGCUAAGAAUGGACAAUGAAGAAAUUAGCGGGGAUGAAGAAAGUGGAGAAGAGGAAGAAGACACGGGGAUGGGUGAAGUUGAUAUCGAUGGUGGAGCAGGAAUCAUUGAGUAGUCUUUUCUUUUAAAGUAGAACACCUCCUGGGAGGAUUUUUUGUUUGUUGUUGUUGUUCUUGAUACAAAUGUUAUUUCAGCCGUUGAGAGGUUAAAGUAUCAAACAUUACAUUCAUGAUCGGCUUCCUGAUCAUGUGUUCUUUCGGAGUUAGCCGUCGAUAUUGCUCUC